CACGACGCCUGCGUCUGCAGAAUCUUCUGCGUGCGUCAGAUGAACAUCCUUACAUAGUCCUGAGGGACAAGUUUAUUAAUCAGUCACGAGCCAGUCCGUACCCCAAACGUAGUCUCGCGCUGACUCGUGUGUCGCGAGCUCACGUCUUCGCUUGUUGCCCCUUUAAAAAUCCGAAUUGGAGGCCAAUGAUUUAUCAAAGCCCUAUUAUUAAGAAAAUGUCACGCGAAGGGUACCUUGCCAUGCACUGACGCAAACCCGGUUUUCCCACGGAGAUAUAGAAAGCUUUGCACUUUGCAGCCAAACUCAAUCUGCCUGCCGUCUUUCCAGCUGUUUUCUGCUAUUAACCCACAUUUGUUGACUCUGCACAAAUGGAUUUUUCUGAGCACGGGGAAAUGUUGAGACAACCAUCAAACAGUAUCCCGCCCCAGCCGUCUGGGGGAGCGGCUGGAGCUACAACUACAAACAAACCGCAGAACGGGAACCCGGUGCCCCAACCGCCGCCUGUAAACGAACGGAAAACUUUUUGUCCUUCGGAAAAUAAACCAUGCGAAAUGGAAGCCAAUAAAGCAUACGGGACGUUUAAGAACGCUGCACCUGGACCCACGUUUACUCCCGUUAAUUCUGCCGUACGCAAGGAUUCCGUCGGUAAAAUGGAUGGUUCGACCGGUAAAGCCACGUCGGACUUCAUGUCUAACAAUCAAAGUGCUGUAAGGACCGCGGCGGAGCAUAACAACGCCACCGGUGACUGGACCUCCAUGAGCCAGACCACCAUCAUCCUGGGUACAGAUGGCACUACAUCUGUUCUGCCUGGCACGGUGACCGGGGUAAGUGGUUGAGGAGCUGGACUGUUCUUCCAGGAUGAUGAUGAUGAUGAUGAUGGAGGAGAUGAGAAUAAGGCCCGGGGGAACUGGUCCAACAAACUGGAUUUCAUUCUGUCCAUGGUGGGAUAUGCCGUGGGUUUGGGAAACGUCUGGAGAUUCCCAUAUCUUGCUUUUCAGAAUGGUGGAGGUGCAUUUUUGAUACCAUACCUAAUCAUGUUAUGCCUCGCCGGAAUACCUAUAUUUUUGUUGGAGGUGUCUUUGGGUCAGUUCGCCAGCCAAGGCCCUGUGUCAGUAUGGAAAGCGAUCCCAGCUCUACAAGGUUGCGGGAUUGCCAUGUUGAUAAUAUCUGUCUUGAUAGCCAUAUACUAUAAUAUUAUUAUGUGCUGGACAUUGUACUACCUGUUCGCUUCGUUGAAGGGGACACUGCCUUGGGCCACCUGUAAAAAUGAAUGGAACACAGUCGAGUGCAAAGACAAAGACAUGCUGCUUUUGGACACCUGUAUACUAAGGGACAGGAACAUCCCAUCAAUCAAGAAUACUACAUUCUGUUUAUCUGCAAAUGCUGUUGGGAAUUUAAGUAAACUCUUAAAUAUCACAGCGGACAAUAAAACCUAUGUCAGCCCUAGUGAGGAAUAUUUCAAGUAUAAUGUGUUGCAUAUUUCGAAGGGUAUUGAAUACCCAGGUGACAUCCGUUGGCCCCUGGCUGCUUGUCUUUUUCUGGCCUGGCUUAUUGUUUAUGCCUCUUUGGCUAAAGGGAUCAAGUCCUCAGGGAAGGUGGUGUAUUUCACUGCCACCUUCCCCUAUGUGGUGUUGGUCAUCCUGUUGAUCCGAGGGGUCACUCUACCUGGAGCCGGUUCUGGGAUCCUUUACUUCAUAACACCCAAAUGGGAAAAACUCAAUGAUGCCAAGGUGUGGAAGGAUGCUGCUACACAGAUUUUCUUCUCUUUGUCUGCAGCAUGGGGUGGUCUUAUAACUCUGUCGUCCUACAAUAAGUUUCAUAACAACUGUUACAGGGAUACUCUCAUUGUGGCGUGUACUAACAGUGCCACAAGUAUUUUUGCUGGUUUUGUCAUUUUUUCAGUUAUUGGCUUCAUGGCUCAUGAGCUCAAAGUCCCUAUUGAGCGUGUGGCCGAUGAAGGUCCAGGGAUUGCUUUUGUGGUCUACCCAGAGGCUCUGACUAGGUUGCCCUUGUCACCGUUCUGGGCCAUCAUCUUCUUCCUCAUGCUGCUUACACUUGGUCUGGAUACCAUGUUUGCCACCAUAGAAACUAUAGUGACGUCUGUUUCUGAUGAGUUCCCCAAGUACCUGCGCAAACACAAGCCUCAGUUCACUUUGGUUUGCUGUCUGUCCUUUUUUGUGCUGGGUUUCCCCAUGAUCAAUGAGAGUGGAAUGUACAUGCUUCAGCUGGUGGACACAUUUGCAGCCUCUUACUCUCUGGUCAUCAUUGCCAUAUUCGAACUGAUUGGAAUCUCAUACAUUUAUGGUCUACAGCGGUUCUGUGAGGACAUUGAGAUGAUGAUUGGCUUUCAGCCAAACAAGUUUUGGAGAAUCUGCUGGGCCUUUGUCACACCAACCAUUCUCACAUUUAUUUUGGCACUCAGUCUGUACCAGUGGAAGGUGAUGACAUAUGAGGAUUACACUUAUCCGACCUGGUCUAUGGUUCUCGGCUGGCUUAUGGUCAUCUGUUCUGUCAUAUGGAUUCCCAUCAUGUUUGCUAUUAAGAUGCACCUUGCCCCUGGAUCGUUAACCGAGCGUUUGAAGUUGGUGUGCUCUCCUCAACCCGAUUGGGGUCCGUUCCUGAUGAAACACCGCGGGGAACGCUACAAGAACAUGACUGACCCUCUGGGCACCAACUCUCUUGGCCUCAAACUUCCCCCCAAAGAUUUCCAGCUAUCAACCCAAUAUCAAUAAUUCAAUUCCCUGUGAGUGUGAACCUCCCUGAGGCCUCUGAGGGUGAGACCAGCACUCACGUCAAACUCUUUCCCCAUUCAACCUCCCCUUUUUACCACAGUGUUCUCUUUCAGCCAUAUCCCCCCUCUUCUGGCACUGUUAGAGAGGGGUCUUUCAGGUGGAAAGCACAGACAACUCCCUAUGAUUUUGUUGUUUUCUAAAUAAUUAUUCAUAGUCAGUCUGAGAGUGGAGCUCUGUCACACACAUUCUGAAACACCGAUCCCUGAACUUUUUUCUCAGAGGCAAUAUAGUGAUGCAGUUGCAACUGUUGAGGCAAUAUUUGAAUGAUUGUUCAUCAUGCAGCGGUUCUUUUUAAUUAUGUUUUCAUUCUGAAGUGACUGCUGAUGUUAAAAAGAAAAGAAAUUAGGAGAAUAGCAUUUAUAUUUCUUGUCUAUUUGCUUGUCAUCUCUUAAAUGUAGCAGACAUAAUGAGAAAAACUGCUGAGUAGUGCACAGUGAACUAAAACUAUCGCUCUCCACUUGUGUCCACUCCUAGCUAUACCUUGUGCCUCAGACUUCCUCUAUUUAUGAAAUACUGCUUAGUAUAGUGUUAAUUAAACCAAUCGUACUACAUUAUGGAGGGAAGUGAGCACAUUUCAGUCUCUGUGAAGUAUAAGCUCUCCUACUCUUUUACUAACCUGUCGAAAUAUCUACAGUGUUAUAGAAUCCAAACUCAAGGUGUAAGCUCCAGUAGUAUAGAUCCAUCCCUGUCUUCAAAGAAAACUUAGCCAUGCAAAACUGUAAUAUUACCUUUCAGUGUUGUUUAGAGUAGUACUCAAUGGCCAGCUAGCAGUUAUAUAUGUAUGCUAAUAUUUAGAGUAUGCUUUCGAGUUUGUGUCGUGAUCUGUUUAUAGACUAUGUGAAUCCUAUUCUUAUGCAGUACACAGUUAUAGUGGAGUACACAAAAGAAAAGUAGAGAAAAAAACAAGGAGUGUGGUAUGUGUGGCAAACCAGUCGUCUGAUAAGAAGUAUAUAUUUUAGAAAUGUAUUUUUAACCACAGCUUGCCGAGGAUAUGUAGAGUAGAAGAAAACAAAACAAAUGUUUUUUAGUUUGAAAUCCUGUGCUUGGGGGACCACACUCCUUUUUUUAUGUUUUGCACCUGUUUGUCUCUUCAUCUUCAUGAAACAGGGUCUCAGGUAUUACUUGGUUCCAUCAACCUCAUUAGAUGUUUGAUGCUUGUGGAAACUUGAUGUGAUUCGCAUAUAACUAGGGCUGCACGCUGAAGCGUAUUUUAAUUGUGGUUGCGAUUUCUGCUUCUCUCAAAUUUUAUUAAGCAUUAUCGCCUGUGAUAUUUUCCCUGCUGGUUAUUAUCCUUUGUUAAAUUUAGCAUUUCCAUUAUCUUGCACUGGUGACAUGAUCCUGUUCAUGGCUGCUGUUGCCAGACUUUAAGAGUUUAAAUGCCCCAGUCACAUAAUUUUUUCAUAAAUCAAUACAUGAUUUACUUAGUCUUUCCAAUUUUGUGUACAUGCUCUCUCUACAUUAAAGAAAAAGUACAGAUGAGCUGAAAACACCUGCGAACAUUUAGGUUGGAGUUUAGAGAUCUUAACUGAGAUAAUCUGCUAAAAAAAAGUGCAACACAACCAGUCUGGUUUCCUUCAAGCAGCCGUUUGUGCUGUUUGUUGCAAGCAAACUGUGUGAGUUGACUUUCUCUUGAUUUGUGUUUAUGUGAAAGUGCCAUUUUCUGGUAAAACGAAAAAUAUAUAUUUUGAGCAAAGAAACCAUUAUCGUGCAGCCCUACAUUUAACCAAUUCUUUAUAAGAUUUGUUAAAAUGCACACUCUCAGAAUAUUAUGCCAUAAGGACACCUUGAAUCCAUAUAUAUCUUAUAAUUAGUGUUCCAUUUCUAAUGGACUGUAAAUAUGGUUACAGAUUAUAUGCUUUUGUAGCAUUGCUUUAGGCAGUUAUUUUUAUCUGGUUAAUUGUGCUGAUCCGUCAAAGCACUACAUAAAGCACUUUGAUUAAAUAUCACAUAAAAUAAGUGGGUGUUCACCACCAUAAAGAAAAAA